AUGAGGAAACCAGGGGCCCCCGACAUCCAGAGCCUCAGAUCUUGCACUGGCAGCAGACAGGGACACAGCAGCUGGACUGGCAGCAGCAGGGCUUGCAGCAGCUGGACUGGCAGCAGUUGGACUGGGAGCAGCAGGGCUUGCAACAGCUGGACUGGCAACAGCUGGACUGGGAGCAGCAGGGCUUGCAACAGCUGGACUGGCAGCCGCAGGGCUUGCAGCAGCUGGACUGGCAGCAAGAUGAUCCACAGCCCCCCUUGGAGCCCCCACAGGACCCACAGCCCCUCUUGGAGCCCCUACAGGACCCACAGCCCCCUUUGCCACAGCUGGAGCAGGGACAGGUUGGCACACAGCAGCACACGGGCUUGCAGCAGCAGACAGGGACACAGCAGCCGGAGCCGCAGCCCCCACAGCCGGAGCCGCAGCCCCCGGAACAGCCACAGCAGCCCAUGGUUCUGGUGGGUUGAGGGAGGAGCAGGUGAGGAGCAAGUGGGAGGAGCAGGUGGGAGGAGGGUGCAGGUGUGGAGCCUCCUGAGCCCGGGCUCUUUAUACCCCUGCACAGACUUUGCCGCCCUCAACGUCGCACGGACGCGGGUGGCGCACAUCGCGGCGCUCACAGCCCGGCUUCUUUCCCGCACGAGGCGCGUCUGCGCUGCGCCCCAGUCGCCCCGAGACCCGCAGCGCAUGUUCCCUUCGCGGCGUCCAGGGAACCGCAGUCCGCGGACCCGCCCGCCCGCCGACGGCCAAGGUGGCUGCGUCCAGGGCUGGGUGAUCCGGGAUGAAGUCGCCGUCGGACGCGACCGUGCCCGUGCGGCUCUGGGGGGCACGAAGUCUCCGGGCGAGCCGGGCAGGGGCCGAGGCGCGGCGGCUGCACCGCGUGGCCGGCGGUGA